UUGUCUGUCUGUCUGUGGAAGGCUGGACUGGACUGUAGGUCCCACUCUCCAGCUGCACCGAUUUCAUGGACCCGCGUCUAUACGUACAUCGGGAUGCCCGUGGUUCCGACCACCCCGAGACCUCCGUCUGAGGAGAGCACCUCCAGCGCCGUGGGGGCAACGCUGCCCGGACCAUGUCCGCUAAGCUCCUGCCGCUCCUCUUCCUCCUCUCGGUGUUUCACGCCCGUUCUAGAAAGAUUGAAGAUGAUGAAUAUGAAGAUGGAACAACUAACCAAAAAUGGGUUUUAGCUCCAAAAACACAAGACACAGACGUGACUCUCAUACUAAACAAGCUGUUGAGAGAGUAUGACAAAAAGCUACGGCCAGAUAUUGGAAUAAAACCAACAGUUAUUGAUGUUGACAUUUAUGUCAACAGCAUUGGUCCUGUAUCAUCAAUAAAUAUGGAAUAUCAAAUUGAUAUAUUUUUUGCUCAGACGUGGACAGAUAGCCGUCUUCGCUUCAACAGCACCAUGAAGAUACUGACUUUGAACAGUAACAUGGUUGGCUUGAUCUGGAUCCCGGACACAAUAUUUCGUAACUCGAAGACGGCAGAGGCUCACUGGAUCACCACCCCCAACCAGCUGCUCCGCAUAUGGAAUGACGGCAAGAUCUUGUACACUCUCAGGCUUACCAUCAAUGCUGAGUGCCAGCUACAGCUGCAUAAUUUCCCAAUGGAUGAACACUCGUGUCCUCUGAUAUUCUCUAGCUAUGGCUACCCUAAAGAGGAAAUGAUUUACAGAUGGAGAAAAAACUCAGUGGAGGCUGCUGACCAGAAAUCUUGGAGACUCUAUCAGUUUGAUUUUAUGGGUCUGAGAAAUACUUCAGAAAUUGUGAAAACCUCUGCAGGUGAUUAUGUAGUCAUGACUAUAUACUUCGACUUAAGUAGAAGAAUGGGAUACUUUACUAUUCAAACAUACAUUCCCUGUAUAUUAACAGUUGUUCUUUCCUGGGUAUCCUUUUGGAUUAAAAAAGAUGCCACACCAGCAAGAACAGCAUUAGGCAUCACCACAGUAUUGACCAUGACAACUUUGAGUACCAUUGCAAGAAAGUCAUUACCCCGUGUCUCAUAUGUCACCGCUAUGGAUUUGUUUGUGACUGUAUGCUUUCUAUUUGUCUUCGCUGCUCUGAUGGAGUAUGCAACCCUCAACUACUACUCAAGUUGCAGGAAACCAAACUGUACUAAGAAGAAAAAGUCGCUCCCUGAUGUCAGUUUUGGUCAUGUGAUGAAUUAUUCUGUACUUGAUAUGAGACCACCAACUACAGUCAUCACAUUGAACAAUGCCAUGUAUUGGCAAGAAUUUGAAGAUGCGUGUGUCUACGAAUGUCUGGAUGGGAAAGACUGCCAGAGCUUUUUCUGUUGUUACGAAGAGUGUAAAUCAGGCUCAUGGAGGAGAGGACGGAUUCACAUAGACAUCUUAGAACUGGACUCUUACUCUAGGGUCUUUUUUCCUACAUCCUUCCUGCUGUUUAACCUGGUUUACUGGGUUGGAUACCUCUAUCUUUAAAUGUUGCCUGUAGUGGUGAAGACUGCUGUGUUUUCACUCUGCGGAGGGAUGGUGAAAGUGCAGAAAAAGUGAAGGACAUGGUCAGUUUCAUCUCAAAUUAUAAAGACCACAUUAACCUUCACCACCACAGAGCCUGAUGAAGAAUUUUAAUAUAUAAUUGCCUGAAAAAGAAAAACGUGGAAGAAUUCUCUCCUUACUGCUAUUAAUUUUAAGGAAAAGAUUCUUUAAAAAUUCAGCUGAAUUUGUAGUGUAAGCAAUGUUUAUGAAUAAUUAUUGUAUAUUAGAAUCUCUACUAUUCUCCCUUGGCAUAGAAGCUAUACACAAUUCAGGCAAAGAUUAAAUAUGUCAUUUUUGUUCUUCAUUCCCAUACUUUCUUCAAAAUGCUGCCAUAUCCCUAAGGCUCAGAGCAACAUACACUGGCACUGGCAAAUAAGCCAAAGCCGACAAAACCACUCAAUUUGUAUUUAAAUUUGCUUGAGCUGUGUCCCAUAGGUUUUGGGAAAUAUUUAAUUGGUGAUCUCCUUGUCAUAGAGAAACCACCAAAAGACAGUAAGAAAUGUCUCUGGUGGGAUCAAAACAUGGACGUUGAUUUCUGCAAAGGUCUGGGAUUCAUGGAAUUAGCCAAUUACCUACACAUACCGGUUUUAACUUAAGGUGAAAAGGCAGAGUUAUAAGAAAGCUAUUAUUUUGAUACAAAUAAAAGACUUGCCUAUCUCUGAGGCAGCUGUAGGCAUAACUUCUAAAGUUUUUCAAGCUUUUAACCGUCUUUUUUAUGACUGGCUAAACACAGGAUGGUCAUUGAUUUCUAAAGUACUCGAAGCAGGCCAAGAUUCCUGCUUGUUUGUGUUAUUGUAGCAGAUCAUAGACGAUAGGCCAUGAGUAAAAAUCACUAUAUAAUAGCACUAGGGAUAUGUGACUUUCUUGAGAUUGCAAUUUACUAAAAAGUGCGCUCUCUCAUUCUUAUUUUUUCUCUCAAAGCUGUUUUACAAAGUUGAAAAACAUACGUGCCAAAGGAUAUUUUUUGUUCCUUCCAUAAAGUUAAAUAUUGCAGUCCUUACUCACACCAGUUGUUUCCGGGAUUUGAGCUGAAGACCUAACACUUUUGACUUGAAUAGUGCAUUACAGGAACUCAACUGUCACACUUGGAUUAAAAAUGGAAUAGUUGCCACAUGUAGAAAAAGGUUUUUUUCAUUUUUUUCCUAAACUACCAACUAUAUUUUGCUCUUAAAAGCUAUUUUGUAUUUUUCAAGCUUUCGACCAUUGAACUCUUAGACUACCCAUUUUUUCAAAAGCUAGUUUUACAGUGUUAAACUAGAUUACAUCUUUUACAGACUGUCUCAAUAAUUGUUUCUAAACAAACAAAACAUUCAAAACUAAAGAGCAAUGGCUUUUCACUACCCUUUGGAUGACAAAUGGUUACAAAGGAUUAAAGUUAAAAAAUACCUAAAAACAAGAUUCUUUUUUUUUCUCUUCUGAAGAACCUGACAAUUUUUUUAUUAUCUCAAAAAAUGUGUGUCUCUUCCACACUGUAUUGGAUAAAAAAAUAAGUAGUGGAUGUGAUUGAAGAGCAGUUCCUUCUCUCAUCAGAAAGAAAAUCGUCAAACAAGCAAAAACUAAUGCAAUGGUGAUUCUAAAGGAACAGAAAUGCUGUCAUAUUCUUUGAAACAUCACUGUCUGUCAUUGCUGUUGCUCUGUGCUCCCAGUAAGUUUUUAAUUGAAAAAAAUUACUAACACAAAAGUUAACUGUAGUUCUUUAAAAUACUUUCUUCUGGUUUUCACUUGUCGAAAAUAAUAGAAACAGAGCUGAGUUUAGGUGGGGGAGGGAAAUCACUUCUCUAAGGACUGACAAAAUUCAAAUCACAAGCACAGAGAAGAAGUCUUUAAGAGCAGGAUCAAAAUCUUAUUCUUAGCAAAAUCUGCCCAAUCUGAUGUCUUCUAAACCAAUGAUAACCUUCGGAUUUCAAAAUAUAUGUUGAAGUUUUUGCUAAAUCUCAGUAGCAAAUUACUCUAUGAAAUCUAUUCCUCUGUAAACCUCUGUGCCCUGCACUUGGAAGUAUGGAUUUUAUUUAAGCAGGAGAGUUAUAUUUUCAGAAGUGCAAGAAGGGGGUUGAAUUGAAUUUGACUAUCCUGGUCUCUGAACUAGUCUACUUUAACACCUACCUUCAACCGUAUUUUCAAGUAUACUGGAAAUAGUUCAAGCCUACAUAAAAGAAUAGAAGCUGUCAUCCUUAGGGGCACGAUCCUGCAAACCCUCUGCACAAUCAACUGCUUUUGGUGAGAGUAUUGUGACAGAUGAGGCACAAGAAGGUGCCUUCCACUAUUAAACCUUGAACAGUUAAAGUGGUGUUUAUUUAGCAGUUGCAUACUUGAGUGAAUGACCUGGGAAAAUGUGCAAUGUUCCCAUUUUAGAUGAUGAGCAUAUACUUUUCUUACUCUUCUGCUCAUGGCUACCCAUUCCUGCCAAAAGCGUGCAAUUCUAUCAGAUCCUUUCUUGGAAGACUGAUUCUGCCCAGUCCAUUCAUAUUGCCUCUGUUUUUUGAGUGCUUUCAUAAACACAAGUUGGAAGCAUAUCAUUCCACUUUUUUUCAUGGUCCUAACCAAGAAAGAAUCUGCAGACACUACUGGCUUCUGCUCUUACACUGACAGCAGAGGACAUAUUCUACUGUGUAAUAUCCUCUGGGGUUAUUUGCAAAAAAUUGAUUUACAUGCAAAGUGAAUGGCCACAGGCUGGUAGGUUCCAGAAUGCAUUCCUCUACUUAUUCCUAGUUCCUUGGUUUACUCUCUCUGCUUCACUGUUCUGUGUUUUGGCAGCCACUGAAAAAUUACACAGACCAGGGAGUGUUCUAGAUUCUGCAUCAUUCAAAAUGCAAUUAUUCUAAACACCUACAUAAUGUGGUCUGUGUAUAUCUAUGUGCCAUAUCUUUCUGUAGUAGUAAGAGUAUUCUCAUUAACCUCCAGAAAUUCUUUUGCUUCUUUUGCAAUGCUUCUGUGUGUUGAGAAAUGUAAGAACCAUCUUUUAGCAUUUUAGAACAUUUUAUUAUUACAUAAUAACAUAUUCAAGACCUGCAUUUAUUCAACUACUUCUCUUUGUUAUUUAGUACUUCUUUUUACCCUUCCAAGGAAGGGGAGGGAAUGGAAGAAGGCAAACCCAAAUGCCUAGAGAAAUGAACGCAUUGUAUGAUAUGUAUGUGAAGCCACAAAAUCAAGUAUGUUCACGCUACAUUCUUUCCUUUCUGAAGUUACAGAAAAGAUUGUGAGGGUUUUUUUAGAUAACCAACUUUUCCCAGGAGGAUCUGAAGUCAAACAUCUUACUCUCCCUCUUCAAUUAAAAGUCAAUGGACAGUAUUUCCCUGGAUUGUGGGCAGCAUUUUCAAGGCAAUUAAGAAUGUAUAAAAAUACUGUUCUGGUUAAUUCAGUCUUCUCAGUUCUUCUGGCCCUGAUGCUUAACGUAUUGACAGCUCCUUCUUUUACAGUCAUUCUUCCAAGAAUAAAUGUAUAAAAACUCACAGCCAGUUUAUGCUGGCUCCAUGUCCAGCAGUAUGUGGAACUGAAGUAUGCUAGGCAAUUUUAAUGUAACUUUCUAAUUGAGAAGUACAGCCGCAGAUUAAAACACCUCCAGCAGUUUGUUAACCUUUCCUCUCUUUUAGAUGCUCCUUAUCUCCUUCAUCAACUCUCAACUGUAUAUUGGUAUAUUGUACAUAUCAAAAGAAUAAAAAAAAAUAACAAAAAAAGCCAGAGCCAUCUUCACAGACAAUGAUGAGUAGUGAAGCUAAAAUGGGAGGAAGAAAUUAUUUUUCAUUGCUGUGCAGUUCUUAUCUGUCCCACUCCUCUUAUUCAGUUCUUCCCACCACCUACCCACAGCUAAUUCUAAAUCAUCCACUUGGUGGUUUGCACAUUCAUCAGCUGGAACAGCAGUGACACAUGAGCCCUAAGCUGGCAGGAAAUGAUAUUUCUGGAACUGGAGGCAUCCUGCCAAAUAGCUCGGAUAGAUAGCUAUCUCAAACACAUUUUAAUGUGUCUCAGCACCUCAUGCUGCUGUAUGAAUUUAUCACAACUCACCUUACUUGGCCACUUCAAGAAGGGAAGGAUGCUUAUCUCCUUUUUACACCAAAUUUCACCUUACCUCUAGAAAAAUUAUCCUGCCCAUGCUCCAAGCGACCAGAUGCAAGACAGCUCUGAAAAGAACCAUAGUUGUACUGCUGACUUUGUGGGAAGGGAGACUCAAUCCUUUAAGAUAGAUUUCAUUAGCCUCACAAUCUGGAGAGUUGGUGUUACCUUCUAAGCUGUAAAACAAAGCACCCACUGCAACUUGUAAAGGCUGACCAUAACAGAGAGUACUUUUCCCAUUGGCUACUCUUCCUAGGUUUCCAUAAAACAUUAAGAAAAGGCAAGCCGUAUUCCAUAAUCUUAGCUACCUACACAGUUAAAUGAGUAUUUUCAAGGCAUAUUUUUCUUUUUGCUUACAAUGAAAUCUUUGUGCCUCUUACAUUAGUGCCUUUAGCAUUUCUUGAUAUUGAAGGAUAUGUUAUUCCUGGCCUGAGAGUUAGAAAGAGGGACAGUCACCUUGAUGGAAUUCUUCCUGAGAACCAGUCUGUGAACAGUAUUUCUAGAUCUCUUCAACCUAUACAUUGAAUAUUUCUUUGAUGUUUCUUCUUUUGUGUUUUUGUUUGUUUGUUUUUCCAAGCAGUCUGUAGGUUUCUUAAUUCCUAAGUAGCAAGAAAACUGCAGUGGGAUUUCAGUGGUUUAGUAGAAUCCUUCCUUCUUCACCCAGCAACUUCAUUCCACCAAGAGAUGCAGAUCAUAAACUCAAAGCUGAUAUUUACCUCAUCCAGGUCACUUCCCAGAAGACAGUUUAAAAUAGGCAAAAAACAAACUAUCCCUUAGGAAUGCAUUUCCGCAGCUGAAAGGUGAAGUUCUUUCUCCCUUAGAGCUUUUUUUUUUUCUCCCCUGAGUAAAUUUUAGAUCCUCCCAUUGUCCUCUUCAAGAGUUCUAGUAUGUAUGUGAAAAGCGAAGGCCUUCCUUCAAGACUCAGUCGCCUUAAUAGUUUUGCCUUAUCCCCUGGGAUGCAUGGUUUGUCUAGACAACAAACAAAUAGAGAAUCUACUUUCCUCACCAUUUAGGACACAGUUUUAGAUACUAAAAGUAAAACUGUUUUAUGUCUAAGCUGAAAUGACGUUGCACCAGAAAAAAAUUCAUCUCCGCUUAAACGCAUUGCUUUGACAAGUUAAACAGAAAAUUUUUGUACACUGUACUUAUGGUGGAUAACUCAAAUAGAUAUGUUACCCUAUAACCCUGCCUAUGACUUAGUCCUGAAUUAGGGAUAAAUGUUGUUCUAAUAAUCCAAUUUAUCUAGCAGCUGUUGCUUUAAAUGACUUUGGAUUGUGACUGAACACUUGGUUAGCAUCCAAUGAUAUUCCUCAAGGGAGAUAUCCAAGAUCUGUGAUGAUGUAUUCUUUCUACAAACUUUACUUUUUUUUUUUUUCUCUUUUGCUUUGGGUCCUCAAGUCAGUUUCUGUAUACGUCUGAAGUCCUUAAGGGUUUUCCUAGAAUAUAAGUGAAAUUAGACAAUAAAACUCAUCAUGAAGUUCAGUGCUUCAGAGGUGGACACUUGAGAAUUCUCUACUUUCUAUCAAAAUGUGCAUUUUGGUCUUGUAAUCAUUUGUUAUUUUUGAAGGACAAUGUAAGACAGCAGAAGUCGUUAUGCUUAUUCAUAUGUCUGAGGAUAGGCUUUCUCAAGGACUGAACCAGGCAAACUGGGCAACAAUAUAGUCAGUAUUCUUUUAUCUAGGUAACAAAUUAAACUAACCAGAGGAGUCACAACAGCCUCUUUGGUAUCACCAAAGCAUUCAUGUAGCUCAACUUUACUUGGAGGGCUAAAUCAGCCUGCAGAGCUUCUUCUACAGGAACCCAGGUGCUGCCUUUACCGCUUAAUACAGCGCUUAAUACUGUCCUGACGUCUCUUUACCGUCUUGCAGCCCGUGUCAGUGCUUGGGAGAGAUGAAGCUGUACUGACACAAUAUAUUAUAUCCACAGUGAAGCUGAUGCCUGCUUGUUACAGACACUGUAUUACUAUUGCAGGUUUUAAACAGAAGACCUCUAGGUCUGAGUGAAAAACUUCUUCAUCAAUCAAGAUCAUUGACCAGAAGAAGGGUGUAAAUUAAAAUAUUCUUACCAAUAAAACAGAGGAGCUUUGGAUCAUAUUCUGGCAGGGCUGAUUAUCCAUUGACUGGCUUCAAAGCUUGUGCAGAGCAGAUUUGUAACUUAAGUACUUCAAGUGAGAUUUGUAGUUUACAUACUGAAAGUGAAGCCUAAAACAGGUAAAUGCCAAAAUUUCUGAAUUAUACAACAAUAGAAAAUGGACAAAGAGAACAAUCUUGAUGACAUAUUUGAAAAAAACUCAUGAUAAAUACGGAACACAGCAUGCUACAGAGUCUAUUUCAUAUUUACAGACUACAUGGGGUCCUUAAAAAAUGAGCUGCUAUUGAAAUCAUGGAAAGCUGGUAAAAUAAUUGCAUCUGACAAUAUUACACAGGCAGAAAAUGGAAGCAUGUCACUGCCAGACAGAGUACUCCAAAGGAAACAAAAUUUCAGAAUAGCCUUCCACAAAACAAUGCUCCUCUGAACUACAGUGGGAAACUUGUGCAGAGAGGUUACAGUAUCAGUCCCCCAUAUUCUCUUUUGUAGUCAUUAAGGAGUCCUGUGACUUUAUUGUCAUCCACGCUCAUGUGCAAUAUCAACCAUAAAUCAUGGGCCAACAUGUGGCUGUCACAGGUAGGAACACUACUCUGGAGGGAAUCUGAGCCCAGUCUGUGGCUAUCACAGACAGUGAUCAACCACCUCAUAUAAUCCUAUAUUAAACUCUCGGUAUAUUCCUCUCAAAAUAUUUUUUUCUCCAAAAUGAUAACAUAUGGAUUUAUUUUUUUUUGAGUGCAAUUUUAGGAAUCACAGAAAACCUGCCAACUAUGUGCCAAAUUGAACUUUCUUAUAGAACACAAAUAAAAUUUUAGAUUUCUAAUUAUCCUUCCUUCCUAAGUUUUUCUUAGGGGUGUGUGAUUUCUUUGCUAGCAGUGCAGCUUGUGAUGUCAUAGUGAAAUGAAAGUACAAUUAUGUGCCCAAUGUGCCUUGAAUAAUACAGGUAGCACUAGUACCAGUAUGUCAUUCUAAGUUAGAUAGCCAUCCUAGUGAUUCCCCAGACUGACCUAAUCAGAAAAGUCGAACACCCGUGUGCUUCAUCUCCUCAGGUUCUCAUACAACAACUUUUCCUUAUCAACCACAUCCAUUCCACUUUACUUUGUGUUAAGGAGUAGGGCUGUGUGUUUAGAAUACUAUUUAUAUUCGUAUUUUGAUCCCAACAUUUGUAUUUCUGGAUACAA